GUUCAAAAAAAGAAACUUCUAUGACUAAUGAUAUUAUUUUUUGCUGGUUUGAUAUUCAUACGAUCUUGAGAUUAUUAAGAAAAAUCUUAAUUUUUAGGUGGCCUUGUAAAAUUAGUUUGACUUGUUAAUGUUUAUCUUUUUCACUUUUGAGAUGGUCAUUUUAAAAAUUUGAGAAAAUUCCGUUCUAAUCGAACUUUUUUUUUUGGUUUUUUAAAAAAGAUGAGUUAAACUUGUGAUCAUAUAUUCAUGUAAACUUUUCCAAAUAGAUAGUUAUAAUUAGUUCAAAUUACACAGUGCGACAAUUAGGCUAUAAUCAGACCAGAUCUUGUCUUUUUUAUUUGCAUUUGGAUUUCGUUAAACGUUUUUAAUUUCAUUUGUAAACAAAGCAAAAUUUGAUGGACUAGUGUAGUAGUGUAAAGGGUGAAGGACAAUUUGUAGCUGUGUUCAUAAUAGUAGUGGGAAGAUUGAGUUCUCUUUAAAUCAAAAAAAUUCUGUUAUAUUUUAUUAUUUUGGUUAUGUUUAUUUAUUUAUUUAUUUAUUUUUAUUUUUUUUUUGUUUUUUUUUUUUGAUAUUUGAUAUUUUUGGAAUAUAUAAAUAUACGAGCCUUGUGAGUCUGAAUAAUGAUGUUCUGAAAUAAGGAUUGCAUUAGUAUGUUUGUUAUUUCUGCUUAAUUCUGAAAAUAUAUCUCAAUGAUACUGUUAUUAUAGCUGGUGUGUCGUUUACAGGAAUUUGCGGAUCAUCUAGAUUGAGAAAACUGCAAUCAUGUCCCCAACUUCAGUUAGUCUUUGGGAUGUGCCAGUGCCAACAAGGCCCCGUUCUUUGCUUCUUCAUUGCAAAAGACGCCUGGUUUUUGAUGACACAAGUUUGAUCAGCAAAAGAAGACGAGCUGAUGUAGUAGUAUCGGAUUUGGUACAGAUGACUGUGGCUGGCGAUGGUUUAAGUGCACACAAGUGCCUGAAAAAUUUACCAGUUCCUAGAACUUUAAAAAAUGAGGAGCAAGAUGAGCCAAAGGAUGAAGAAAGCAUUAAUGAGUCGGUGGUGGUAGGACCACAGACUCCAUUGCCUGCAACGAAAAAGCGUGUUUCACGUAGGGGAGGCUCCCUUACCAACAAACAAAGCCGAUCAAUAUCAAAAGCUGUAAUUAAUCUUGAGGAAGAUAAAUUGCAAGAAAUUUUAGAAUUAGCUGAGAAUUCAGUCUAUUUCACCCGCUCAAUCAAUCAACAAGUGUCAAAUGCAUUUAAAUUGGUUGAAGUUCAAGGAGCGAGUAGUACAAGUGCUCAGCUGAAAGGUCAUGGCCGAAGGGUCUCUAUUGAAGGUAAGAAAAAGUCAUAUCAGAAAAACUUCAAGGAGACAAACAGGGCCUGGAAAGAGUUACUGAAGAAAGCUAUUGCUGAAAGCUGCGAGAUAUUGAUGGAAAAAGAUGACAGCAUUUUAGCGGAUGAUGAAUUGCAGCUUUUCCAUGAAAAGGUGCAUUCAUUCGCAAGUAAAGUGGGCGCCACUCAGGCAUUUUUUCUUACUUUUGACACAGGGAAAAGAGUAUACUUUCCAUGGAAAGGAUCAGUUUUGGACUCGGUUGUUGGUGCAUUUUUGUCUCAGAGGGUCAGUGACAAAUAUUCGAGUUCGGCUUUCAUGUCACUUGGUGUGAGCUUUCCCCAGUAUCGUGAUUGUGAUACUUAUAGCAGGCACCAUAGAAUGCUGAGAAAAAAGAGAUCAAUAGGUGGCUUUUCUUGCCAAAAGCAGGAUUUGAAGGGGGGACAUUUGAAGUUGGGGGCUGAAAGCGAGAAACCAUUUGAUGAGAAGAAAAAGGAGACCUUGAGAAAAGGGAAGGCUAGGAUUAUGGAAAAUAUUAAGCCUGAUUGGGACACCUUGAAGACACAAUAUUCUAGCAACACAGAGACAGAAAGAAGCAUUGAUGCAGUAGACUAUGUGGACUGGCAUGCUGUCAGGCGAGCGGAUAUGGUGGAUAUAUCCAAUGCUAUUGAAUUGAGAGGCAUGAACAAGAAGCUAGCUAAGCGUAUCAAGGAGUUUCUGGACCGACUCUUGAAGGAUCAUGGAAAUUUGGACCUUGAAUGGGUACGAACUGUCCCCCCUCUUCAAGCAAAGGAGUUUCUUCUAAGCAUAUACGGACUGGGGUUGAAGAGUGCACAUUGUGUCCAACUUCUAACACUCAAACAACCUGCAUUUCCUGUUGAUGUGAAUGUGGCUCGUGUGACAGUGCGUUUGGGGUGGGUUCCAGCCCCACCAAAUACUAGUGAUAUGCUUCAGAUGUCUGUUUUGGAAGAGGAUUCUAAGCUACAUGAUUUGAUUAAUCAUUAUCUUUUUCCACGGUUAUGCAAACUUGACCCAAAGACCUUGUACGAACUUCAUUAUCACAUGAUUACAUUUGGGAAGGUCUUCUGUACAAAGCAGAAGCCUAGCUGUACUGAAUGUCCCAUGAGAAAGGAGUGCAAGUAUUAUGCUGAAAUCAACAUAGAAGACAUUGGUAUCAUGGGUCAGGCUAAGACUCAAAAAAAGUCGGUGAAAGAUAAGCAGCAGCAAGUGUUGAAAUCAAAAAAUGAAAAACAGAAAGGUCUGGAAAUCGAUCAUGAACAGUUCUACCUUGAAGGCAAUGUUGAAGCUCCUAAAACUCCAGUGAAGGAUCAACCACUCCGGAAAAAGAGACAGCUAGGACAAUAUCACUCAAAAGCUACUCCUCUAGUUGGAAAACAACCCCUAAAAAUCCGGACAAGAACACAACACUUUGUCUAUGAACUUCCAGAUUGGCAUCCAAUAUUAGAACAGUUUGAUGACCGGGACCCUGAUGAUCCAUUCCCUUAUCUUCUUAUUGCAUGGGAAUCAGUAGCAGUAGCUCCGUUGGCCAAUAGUAUGCUGUCUGUGGGUGUUAGCCACAUAGCAGAGUCUCGGACAGUACUGGGAACAGUUAUGAUCCCAUGCAGAACAGCAUUGAGGGGCUCCUUUCCGCUAAAUGGAACUUAUUUUCAGAUAAAUGAGGUUUUUGCUGAUCAGAAGACCAGCCAAAUGCCAAUAGAUGUUCGCUGCAAGACAUUGCAGCAACUCCCGAAGAAAAUACUGUAUUGUGGAAGAGAUUUAUCUAAUAUUGUCAAAGGUUUAUCAGCGGAUGAGGUCAAGAGCCUUUUCAAUGAAGGUUAUAUUUGUACAAGGGGUUUUGACAGGGAAACAUUAGCUCCUGUUACUUUAGAAAGGCGAUUGCAUGCGUUAUCCAAGAGUAAAAGGCGAAAUUAGGAAGCAAUAAUGGUGUACAUUGCUGCAUAAUCCUGGUAAAGUGUGACCAAAUUUUUGUACUUAUAAUUUUGGU